GGAAAGAAAUAAUAGAGAGAGGACUAGUUUAUGUCUCUGACUCUUACGUAUAAAAUAACGCAUAUGAGCCACUAGAAGACAUCCACUAAAUAUUGUUACGAGAAAAGGAAAAAAAUAACAAAAAUGAAUGAAGAGAGAACCAAAAAGUCGAAGAAGAAAAGUCUCAUGAACUUCUACAAAUUCUCCAUCACAACUUCGAAGCAUUCACUCAUAAACCCUAAAUCCAAACCAAAGAUCCCGAUCCCACCAUCGAUAUCUCAAGAAGAAGUACUAGAAGCAAAACCAAUCGUCCAGUCGCACAAAACACAAAACCAUGUGAUGAGAGACAUCUUCGAGUUAGAGACUUGUAGUAGAAUUAACGAAAGAAAGAGAGGCGGUGGUGGUAGUGCGGCGGUGGAGGGGAGGAAAUCGGUGUCUCACGUGGAGAAGGAUACAACGGCGAGGAUAGCGGCGGCAGCAGAGAUGUUGACGGUGAGGAUACUAGCUGCGGACAUGCCGGGGUUUAUGCAGGCACAUGCGUUUAGGUGUGCGAGAAUGACUUUAGAUAGUUUGGAGAAGUUUAGUUCGAAGCACAUGGCUUUCAAUCUCAAGAAGGAAUUUGACAAAGGGUAUGGACCAGCAUGGCAUUGCAUCGUAGGGUCAAGUUUCGGGUCGUUCGUGACACACUCCACGGGUUGUUUUAUUUAUUUCUCAAUGGACAAACUCUACAUUCUCCUCUUCAAAACCAAAGUUCGUCCUGCUUCUCCCCAUUGAUUCUUUUUGUUUUUAUUACAUAUUGUUUUUUUUCUUCUCUCGAUCUCUUCUUUUUUAGGUUGUAACUUAAUACCAAUCGUAAUCUAAAAGGCUUACUGUAAAUUCACUAUUACUCUGUUCUUUUUUCUUACUAUAUAUAUAAUUAUGAGUUGAGAACGA